AUGAUUUGCAUAUCUCAAUUCAUUGUGUUCGUCACAGCCGUUGUUCUCAAUCAGUAUUUAGUACAAGCAACUAUAUUUUCAUGCAAUACUACAGCUCCGUGUGGUUGUUCAAAGAAUGCAGUCAAUAUCAAUUCGAGAAUUGUCGGCGGUGAACCAGCUGCUAGCCAUAGCUGGGCUUGGGCUGUUUCAUUGCGUGUGAGAAACGGUCUACAUUUUUGUGGUGGCUCUAUUAUUUCUCCACAUUAUGUGCUUACGGCAGCACAUUGCGUCGAUGAUCCUAUUAUGUCGAUGUUAACCAUAACAGCUGCAGUUGGUACAGACAGUCUCACUGACAGUGUUGGGCAAAGGAUAUCAGUGUCAUCAAUUCAUAAGCAUCCAGGAUAUAAUAAACUUACUCACGCAAAUGAUAUUGCUAUACUUAGGCUUAAAAAAGCUAUCUCUUUUCAGAGUAGUAAUGUUGGUAAACUUUGUCUACCUGCACUAAAUGGGAUCGUAGCAACAGACUUUCCUUUGGUUAACUCAAACCUUGUUGCCGUUGGUUGGGGAAAAACAGAGUUUGCUGAUGACUCGAAUGUUCUCAGACAAGUAACAGUCACAGCUGUUAGUAGUACUGCACCAAAAUGUGCUAAUUCAAUUCGCGACACUAAAUUACAAUUUUGUGCAGCAGUCAAUGGCGGAGGCAAAGAUACAUGCCAAGGUGAUUCAGGUGGCCCAUUGAUGUAUUACUCAUACUUAUACCGGCAGUGGGUGAUAGCAGGUAUAACAUCUUACGGUAAUGGAUGCGGAUUAGCUAAUUAUGCUGGUGUUUAUGCACGAGCCAGUAUGUAUAUUGAUUGGAUAAAAUCGAUUGUGGGCAAAGAUGGCGUAGUAAUUAUGGGACAAAAUGCAGCUAAUAUUAGUACUAUGCCAAAUGUAUUUUGUUUAGCAUUAGUUUCCGUUUUAUUUAUGAUGCGUUUAUUUUAA